UUCCAUAUGCCGCAAGUUUGGUCCUAAAGAGCAAAACAAACAACCCCCCCCCCAAGGAAACGCAUCAGAAAUGUUUCAAGCGACUCCGAGGAAGCUCCAGAGCUCAGGGCCUCUGGGAAAGGCAGGCACAGGUGUAGGACAUGGGAGGGUGAGCGUCUGUCUGUUCCAGGAGUUUCCAAGUUGGCUUUUCCGUAGCAACUAGUAGCUGAAAUGAGGAAAGAAGGAAGGCCCAGGGAUAAGAGGAAAGAGAAUAGGGCCUUGCUAACUCGAUGCUGAAUGAUUUUAGGUCCCAGGGGAGGCUGCACGUCUUGGACUCUUGAAGCAGAUAUCACAGCCACCCUGAGAGUGGCCUCGGGAUUCUCCCCUGCCUGUCAUCUGCCCUUCUCGCCAACAGCAGUGUCCACGUGUUGCUUCUUGCCCCAGGGCGCUACUAGGAUGAUAGGCAAACCAGGAGCCGAGAAUGGACUGGGUAGCGGGGGAGGGGACAGGGCCCGCUGUGUGGUCAGGCCAGGGCAUCUGAUGCCAUCCUGCCGAGAUCGGCACCCUUCCGCCCACACAGAGAGCCCUGGGUCUGCACAUCAUGUGCACCUGAACCCAGGAGACUUCAGGGGAAACUCUUUGUCAAGGGCAGACACCUCCCCCUGGUCCCUGGGUGGGUCCUGCCAGGGGAGCAGCUGGCAGGGUUUGCCCCUUGGGCAGUGUGCCUUGUGCUGGGACCCACAGGCCAUGGCCCUUGAGGGUGAGCUUGCAGGAGAGCCCCUCUCCCGCUGGGAGGAGGGAGACUUCGUGGCUUGGGAACCUGGCCUGAGGUCCUCUUCUCAGGGGCUGAGCCACUCCCAGGCUCAACGCUGCAGUGACACGCCGAGCCAGUGUGUAGGUCCUGGGCAUUGUGACCUCAGCUGUUCCGCACCCAGAGAGGCAGUCAUCCUGCCCUCACCUUGGCCAGUAACCUGCACAGGACAGUGGCCUGGUCACGGGGGCCCGUUGUGCGGAGGCUGGGAAGUUGAACACUCUGGCCGCCUCCACCAUGUCGGCCAAGAGGGCAGAACUGAAGAAAAAUCUGAGCAAGAACUACAAGGCAGUUUGCCUGGAAUUGAAACCAGAGCCGAUCAAAACAUAUGAUUACAAAGAAGUUAAACAGGGAGGGCCAUUUACCAAACCAGGAGGGACAAAGGACCUAAAGAAUGAACUCAGGGAGGUGAGGGAAGAGCUCAAGGAAAAAAUGGAGGAGAUAAAACAGAUAAAGGAUGUAAUGGACAAGGAUUUUGAUAAACUCCAGGAAUUUGUGCAGAUCAUGAAGGAAAUGCAGAAGGAUAUGGAUGAGAAGAUGGACGUUUUAAUAAAUAUACACAAGAACAGCAAGCGUCCCCUAAGAAGAGGACUGAAGGAACAGCAAGACCUCAGGCUGGUGGGAAAGACAGUCACAGAGCCACAGCUCCAGCUCAAGAAAUUGGAUGGCGCUGAUGGAAUACCGCUUGGGCUUCACAAGAAGAUGAUGGCCCUGCAGACACCAAAUAAGAACCCAAUGGAUUCCCUGCACCAGUGUGAGCCCUGCUGUGAGAAAUGUUUGUUGUGUGCCCCAAAGAACAACUACAACCAGGGGAAACUUCCACACCCGGCCUGGGCACCCUUUUCACCCUUGGCCUCUGGACCUGCCUUCUGAUCUAUCUGUGCUUCAUCUCCCACGGGACCGAGGCCGUCCUUCCAACCUAGCGCCACUGGAGGACCUACUCGCAGCAGCUCAGGUCCAACCUUUUCCCAUUCCUGAGCCACACAGUGACGGCCUGUGGCUCUCAGUGAACCAUCCUGCCCCCAGGCUCCCUCCACCGGAGAGUAAAAUCUUCAUUUAAAGCCAAAA